GGAGUGGAAUAGCGCGAUCUUGGCUCAAUGCAACCUCCACCUCCUGGGUUCAAAUAAUUCUGCUGACUCAGCCUCCUGAGUAGCUGGGAUUACAGGUGCCCACCACCAUGCCCGGCUAAUUUUUUUGUAUUUUUAGUGGAGACAGUGUUUCACCAUGUUGGCCAGGCUGGUUUCGAACUCCUGACCUCAGGUGAUCCACCUACCUCGGCCUCCCAAAUCGCUAGGAUUACAGGCAUGCGUCACCGUGCCCGGCCUUGUGAUAGUGUCUUACACUGUCACCCAGGCUGGAGUGCAGUGGUGCAAUCUUGGCUCACUGCAACCUUUGCCUCCCAGAUUCAAGCGAUUCUUGUACCUCAGCCUCCUGAGCCGCUGAGACUACAGGCACGUGCCACCGUGCCUGGUUAAUUUUUUGUGUGUGUGUGUGUGUGUAUGUGUUUGUGUGUGAUGGAGUUUCGCUCUUGUUGCCCAGGCUGGAGUGCAGUGGUGCAAUCUUCGCUCACUGCAACAUCUGCCUCCUGGGUUCAAGCGAUUCUCCUGCCUCGGGCUCCUGAGUAGUUGGGAUUAUAGGCACCCAACACCAUACCCGGGGAAUUUUUUGUAUUUUUAGUAGAGACGGAGUUUCAUCAUGUUGGCCAGGCUGGUCUCGAACUCCUGACCUCAGGUGAUCCACCCGCCUCGGUGUCCCAAAGUGCUGGGAUUACAGUCGUGAGACCUGUGCCCAGCCUCUGUCUCUCUCUCUCUCUCGACUAGAGAGACUGACCGGGGACAAUCAACUCUCUCCAGACUGACAGAGAGAGAGAGGGAGAGAGAGAGAGAGCGAGAAAGAGACAGAGUCUGGCUCUCACCCAGGCUGGAAUGCAGUGGUGUGAUCUUGGCUCACUGCAACCUCCGCCUUCCGUGUUCAAGCGAUUCCUGUGUCUCAGCCUCCCAAGUAGCUGGGAUUGUAGGUCCGCACCACCAUGCCCGGCUAAUUUUUGUAUUUUUAGUAGAGAGGGCUUUGCCAUAUUGGCCAGGCUGGUUUUGAACUCCUGACCUCAGGUGAUCCGCCAGCCUGCGCCUUCCAAAGUGCUGGGAUUACAGGCGUGAGUCACCGCGCCCGGCCAAAUAAAAUAAAAUGUUAAAGUAAAUUCAGGACUACCCCUCCUCCAAGUCUUCUGUCCCCUUUGGGCGCCCACGUGAGCGGGGGAGGGGCUGGGGGAAUAAUAACAUCAAAAGAGCGCCUUUUCCUCCCUUAUUCCGAGGAGACUUCCCUGGGCCUGACUCCCGGUCCUGUCCUCAGCGCCCCGCGGCCUCUCCAGCCCCUUCAGUGGCCAAGAUGCAGAGAUCAGGACGCCUUUGCGCCGCCCCAGGUGCCCGCCCCUAGCUGCCUCCGCCUGGGCCCCGACGGAAGGUGAAGUCGGGGGCCGGGCCGGGGCGUGGCAGCCGGGGUGUGUGUACCCUGGGCUUGGUGCCUCCGGUGGCCCGGCAGCACCGUCCCACCUCUGCCACCCUCCGAUGGGUCCACUACCUGUGUGCCUGCCAAUCAUGCUGCUCCUGCUGCUGCCGUCGCUGCUGCUGCUGCUGCUUCGACCUGGCCCCCGGUCCGGCGAGGCCUCCAGGACAUUACAUGUGUACCGGCGUGGGAUCCUGGAACUGGCAGGAACUGUGGGUUGUGUUGGUCCCCGAACCCCCAUCGCCUAUAUGAAAUAUGGUUGCUUUUGUGGCUUGGGAGGCCAUGGCCAGCCCCGUGAUGCCAUUGACUGGAGACAGGGUCUUGCUCUGUUGCUCAGGCUGGAGGGCAGUGGCAUGAUCAUAGCUCACUGCAGCCUCGGACUCACAGGCUCAAGUGAUCCUUUUGCCUCAGCCUCCUGAGUAGCUGGGACUACAGGCAUGCACCACCACACCCAGCUUGCUCAUACCUUUUUACUGCAAAGGUGAAAUCUACACCAUUCAGGGGCGAGAACUGCUGCUGCCCCAUGCUGUGCAUUUGUUGUGUCUACUAUGAUUGUCUUGGUUGU